GCACGUCGAGAGACCAGCACGAGCACGAGCACGAGCACGAGCACCGCACACACUGGCACGCGCCCACAUGGAGAGGUCCGUCGGCUUCGCCCUGGUCCUGGUCGCCGCCUCUCUGCUGAUGUCCUGCCAGCCCGCGGAGGCGUGGUACAAGCAGGCCACGGGUCCGAGCUACUACUCGGUGGGCAGAGCGUCGGGGCUGCUGUCCGGCAUCCGCAGGUCGCCCUACGUCCGCAGGUCCGAACCCGAGUCCGAGAGCGCGGAGAGCGCGGGCAACAGCGUGGAGCCGGAGCCGGAGACGGAGCCGGGCAGCAGGCGGAGCGCCGUGCUCAAGAACAUGGUCAUCUGCGUCAAAGACAUCGCCCCGCACGUGCAGAGCUGCGAGCUCGUGCAGGACGGCUCGAGCACCUUCCAGUGCAAGGCGGACGUGUUCCUGUCGCUCGACUCGCAGGAGUGCGCGAGCGCGUGAGCAGCCCCCCUCCCCCCUUCCCCACCCAGCCAUCCAUCCCCCCCAGAGCACCGAAGUUGAAUGUUUCUCCUCUCAGUGCGACAAAAUGUAACAAAUAAGUAUGAGCCCAAAGUACAGUACGGUGUGUGUUUGAAACCCUGUCCUGCGUCAACACAGCAGCUUCCUCGGCUGUACUCACUGCCAAGUGUAUUAAAGUGAUCAUACAUUGUUUACUGCGGAGCAGCAUUUCUCAAGGAUUGUUUCU